UUUUUUUUAAUAAUACUGCUUUUUUUAUUUACCAGUCUCAAGUUGUUUGAUGCGUAACGAAAGAUCGAUGGAAGAAAGAAUGAACUGUGUAUUACACGAUGCCACUUCCGGUGUUCAAGUUUACGCGGUUUAACAACUUUUCCCGCCAAUUUUUAUUAGAGACGUGUAAGUAGGAAUUGAGUAUACAAGAUACUCGAUUCCUAUUAAGAAACAUAAAUUUGUAAAAUAUAAAGUAACGAUGACGACUUAACAUAUUCUAAAUAUGUUAUCUCAUUCUAAAAUCAUGAAAUUGAUUUUAUAUUAGAUAUUGGUGAAAUUGUUUAUGUUCGAUGAUCGUGAUAACGUAGAGUAAUUCUCUUUGGUUAUAUGGUUAUAUGAUACAUAAUAAAUAAUAUAAACGUUGAAUUAUAAUUAACCGAGAAAUAUGCAUCGCGUAUGAGACAUGAUGCACAGUAGUUACUAAUAGGAAUUGCGUGUUUGACGCAAUCAAGUCGCAGUUGAUGAGUAAUCGUUAUUUAAAUGUUAUUUUCAAUAAUUCACGUAAAAACGAGCGAACACAGUCAUGGCUGCAUCCACAGACGUUGCUACGAUCAAACUGCAGAGGUACCUGAACAUGCCAUUGGUCCAACGGUGCAAGGAAAUAGCAACAUUAAUAGACGAAUCCAGUACAACAGAAUUACAGCAUGUUCUCCCAAUGUUGAUAGACUCAAUCUUUGGAAUAAUAGAUAAUAUCGGCUGGGGAUUGCACAGUAUCACUUUCAAGAAGAAUCCACAAGAAUAUAAAACACUAUGUGACUUCUUAAAUCCACAGGGACCAGUUUUUUCUUUGUGCUACAAAUUAUUACCAGAUUGUUAUUUAAAAUAUAAUUUCCCAGUAUCAUAUUUACCGGUAAAAAUACGUUCCAUGUUGGAGGAAGGUGUAAUACCACCAUUUUAUCUUGAUAAAAUUAGGGAUGAUCAGGGCACGCGUGCUGUAUCUGCCUUAAAUAUGAAUCCUUUUGAAUAUUACAUUUUCCAUUUUGCUUAUCAUUUAACGAAUCCAUGGUUGCAAGUGCAAGGGGAAAAUGUCUGGAUCAAUUGGGAGACUGUUUAUGUUCAGUUAGCUCAUUGUUAUUUAUAUCAUUUUUUACCUAGGGAUAAUUCAUCGGUUCUCCCAGUAAUUGGUCCAUAUAUUAGGAAAACGCCCCAACGAAAGUUGGUGCAAUCUCCUGAAACUAAAAGACUACAAACACCGCGAUUACUAAGAACCUCUAUAUUAUCGCCUGGUUCACCUAAUUCCACUUCAACAGUUCCUCAGCAGCAAUGUCUGCCACAAGUUUGGAGAAGUGAGACUGUAGUUCAAGUCUUUCUUGAUUUCUGGCUGGAAUAUACAGAAGAUGAUCAGUUGAAUACAAGAUUAGGGACAUCUUAUCCCAUACCUGUCCCAUGCAGACAUAGUAUUCAUUCUGGAGAGCACAUACGUCUUGUACGAGCAUUCAUAAAGACUUUGCAUGAAUUUGCAAACAGUGCUACAGGUGUCAAAAGUGCAAUGGACGAACUUAAACGAAUAAUUUUACCUUCUGUCCAAGGUAAAAUUUACACAUUCCUCCGAAAAGCUAUACACCAUUGGCCCUUGGAUAGUUCAUUCAGAUUAAUUCUUGAAACAUGGUUAAGCUUCAUUCAACCCUGGAGAUAUUUCCCUGGUAUAUCGUACACUAAAGAAGGCAAGUCAGAGGAAGAAGAAAGAGGAAAGAUACACGAUGCGUACAGGUGGAUGCCUUUCGUUGCAAAUAAUCUAUUAGCCUAUACAGCCAUAUUUCAGCAGUUACUUCCACGUUUUAUGAGAACAGAUCUCGUAGCUCCGAAAAAUGCCUUAAUGCUGUUCAGAGUUACUAAAGUAUUCUCGCAACCAUUUCUGGCGAAAAUGAUCUGCGAGGUAGAGAAUCAAAUAGACGACGUUGGACUGAGCAGAACUCGAGUAUCUACUAAUCAAUGGGCCUCUACUGUGAGGCAACAGAUAUUAGAGUUGGAAGGGCCGACCUACCAAUAUGUUCCAAUGUUUUCAGUGGCGACUGUUUCACAGGUCGUGCGCUUGUUAAACAUUAUUAAACAAGCGCAUUUAACAGCAACUAGUUUAAUUGAAGCCUUAGAAAAAAAGAGGAAAAACAGAAGAUUUUUGAUAGCGAUAUGGGAGUUUUUUAAUGGCGAAGAUUAUUCCUCGGAUGACAUUAGUAUAGAUGAACGGCGACGAGUUCCUGUGUAUCUGGCAAACGCACAACAACAGUUGAUUGAAAUUUUUGAGAUCAACGUGGAAGAUAUUCCUCAAGUAGCUAUCGAAGCUGAUCAAGAAUACCAUGAUAGCAUUCUGUCUACCUCUUUCUGCCACCAAUCACAGAUGGACUCGAGUUUGGACACCAGUAAGCCUGGUAUGUUCGUACCUAUACAAAAAAAUAGACAAACGUGCCAAUAUAUCGAAUAUCUGGGAGACCCUGAGUUACAACCAGUAAGAUCAGACGAGUGUACUUUUCUAGUUAGAUUUUUAUACAAACAAUGCAGUUACAUAAAUCAAAAGUAUCGACAUAAGAUAGCCACAAUGUAUCAUCAGCGAGGCAUCCUGGGUAGCAUUUGCCGACAAAUCUUAGAGCCGCCUACAAAAAUUGUCAAAUUACCGAAACGAACGCAAAACGGAUUCUUCAGUGGUUGCGAAGAACGUAUUCCACCUCGAUUGAGCCUACGACCACUGGCUAAUUACAAAUUCCUCUUAGCGCUAGCUUUCGGAAUGUUCUUUGCUUGGCUUAUAAAUUACGGCGCCUUCACCUUUCUCGGAUUUGUGUUCUGUUUGUGGCUUGUAUAUAUACUGAUACGUGCGAUCUUGGAGCCUUGGACUACAUGGAAUUCAACCAGGCAUACUGCAUCAACGUUUUGAACGAAUUCACAAUUCUAUCAUUAUUUUUAUUUAAACACUGACACGUUCCAUGCUUCAUUGCGCGAUAUGAAACGAUACUAAAUGAAUGAAUCUGUACACGAACCGUAACUUCCGAAAUGUUCAAAUAAAUAU